AUGUUGCAGCCCAUGGAAGAAAUGAUACUACCUCCUAAACGUCAAGCUGUUGUUGAUCGCCUAAGGAGGAGGAUAGAGACAUACAGACGCCGUCAGUCGGAAUGUGUGCCAAGGUUCGAUCAAUCGUUCACCGGCGCAUGUGAACAGCAAAACUUGGAGACGAGUGCACUCCAGAAGAGGUUUCUUGAGGGCAAGGCCAAACGGCAAGCGAAGAAGACAGACCGAAAACCAGACCUGCCUUCUAUAAGCAGCAACCUACAUAGCAGCGUGCAUCAACAAAAAUUUGGCUGUGGCGAUUAUGAACCACCAGCGAAACUACAGUGUGGAGGAAAUGCUGGCGUAAAUGGAGCUGGAGAGGCUCUUACGAAAUUCUCCGUAGAGAUUGUCCAGCAGCUGGAGUUCACGACGUCUGCGGCGGACUCGCAACCGCAGCAGAUAUCCACGAAUGUAACCGUAAAAGCUCUAGCAAAUGCGGUGAAAACGUCCGGAUCACCGCCACCGCAGCAACCUCCUCGAAUACCAACCCCACUAGACUGCGAAAGGGAAUGCAAAGCAGAAUGUAAAUCAGAGGUAGCUGACGAUGAAUUUGUUGGGCUCGACGAGUGUGCUGCUGCUCUGGAGCGGGAUGCAGCCUCCUCUUUCCCUGGAUUGGCGGAGCUGAUAGGCGAAGACGACGGCGAUGAUACAUUCGAAGAUCUCAUUACCGAAAUAUCGGAAUACCCUGAAUUCAUGAAAGAUUUUGAUCUGGAUGCGGGGAAGUUGAAUGGGGGUAAUAUUGGUAAUCUGGAACCGUCGGAAGGGGAGCCGGCACCGAGGCCGUAUGGGGCUGGGGAGAUGUCGCCGGCGGCUCAGACGCUCAAGCAUAUGGCGGAACAGCAUCAGCAAGCGACCGGUGGUGAUUGGGCGCGGUACCGGGGCUACGGCAACUAUCGCCCUGGACCGAGACCUACGCAACCUUCGAUGGACCACUUGCACAUGUCCCAACAACAGCAGUUACAUCUGUCGCAACCUCAUCAUAAUCUGCAGGUAUCCGCAGCUCAACAUAUGCAAGUCAGUGGUGGGAGUGGUCACGUUUCAGCGGCUGCUCAGCAGGGACUGUACGCCACUUUCCACAACCAGAACCCAUCACCUCAGCAUCAUCAAGGAAGUAACUGUGAUACGUACAACGUGUCUCAGACGCAGAGUAUGAACUUCUCGCAGGGCAUGCGAGCUCGACCAUCGGCGCCUGCGCAGACCGCCCCGGGCCCUCAGACGCCUCUUGGCAUAGCAGCAGCAGGCAUAUCCCGCGAGCAGCAAGCCAAGAUGUUGCAGCAGCAGCAGCAACAAAUGUUGCGAGCGCAGCAACAGCAGAUGCGUCCGCCUCCGCCCGAGUACAAGGCCCGUUUCGUGACGUCAGGCGUAAGGCGGGCUGCGCCCCCACGCGCCUUUCCCCCACACGCAAGGCAUUAUUCGCCCGAUUGGAGGCAUGUGCUCAUACAGCAGCAGUCGGCGAGACAACAGUUUCCGCAUCAUCAUCAAGCUGGCUUUAAUAUGGGAAACAUGGGUGGUAUGGGCAACGUAAGUGGCGUGAGCAGUAUGUCGCAGCAACAGCAACUACAGAUGCAGCAAGCGCGAUUGCAACAGCAGCAACUUAUGCAGCAUCAACAACAAAGGACGUCCAGUCAGCAACAAGCUCCGAUGACGCAUCUCAUCAUGCAGCAGAACCAAAUGAUGAGUGUUCAGGGACAGAUGCCGAACAUACACAUGAACCAGUCGCAGAGUAUGUCCAUGCAGGGCGGCAUGGGCAUGGGCAACCACCAGAACAUGCAGAACGGAAUGCAAAUGCACUCGCAGAACAUGAACUCGAUGGUCUCUCAGAACGGGAUCAACCAGAACAGUUUCCCUUCGCUGCAGUCGGCCUUCUCGGGGCAGACGGCCGACUUCAACCUCGACUUCUUAGACAACAUGCCGUCUUCGGACACGAGCAACCUGACGGCCCAAGAGCUGCUCAACUCGCUGGACAAUUCGUUCUUGAACGACAUACUAUAA